AUGAUGCAUUUUCGAAAGCGCGCCGACAGUAACCCAAUUCCGCUUCCACCGCAGCCGAAGGUCGUGAAUGCAAGUGGUACAUUCGACGGCAACGAUGGGAGAUGGUCGUCGUUCAUCAUCAACGUCAAUUCUAAUGCGGAGGGCCUCAGCGGACAAAACUUCAAGACUCUCAUAUCCACCUCCUCGCCGGUCACUCUAUUACCUGCCAUAAGUGAGUGGUGCAAUGCAGCAUGCGCCGGGCGACGUGGUGUCUUGCCUUACGGGGGAAUCCAGCCCAGAGGUCUGGAAGACAAAAAUAAAAACUGGAAACCUUAUGGAACAUAUAACAUCCCACUUCCAUAUUGGUACACAGCAGACCUCAUAAACAACUCUACGAACGACACGUUAAAAGGAGCAUGGGGAAUCUCAAACGUUGGCCUCGGGGAGAGCUCAGCGAACAGUCUCGUUCUCACAGGCCGCUACAUUGCUCAGUACAUUUUCAACGACUUUUUCAUGGGAUCGUUCGGACUCGCGGUUGGCGAGGUUGGUGAAGAUGACUCGACUAGGGCCACGUUCUUGUCACAAUUCGAGGACGAUUCCAAUAUAGCGAGCUCGUCAUACGGCUACACCGCAGGCGCUUACUAUCGUAACAACGGUGGCGUACUUGGAAGUCUUGUGCUUGGCGGGUAUGACAGAUCACGGAUGAGCGACGAAGGUGUUAUCAUUUCGAUGGCGAACCUGAAGAACACUACACUCGUCGUUGGGGUGCAAUCCAUUAUCUAUACUCCGGAUCAGAAUGUUGCGUCAGCGUGGGACUCUUUCACGGCGAAGACAGGAGGUGGGUUUAGCGCCAAUAUCGACUCGACCCUGCCAUAUCUUGUGCUCCCCGAAAACAUUUGCGCCCUGUUCCAGGAAAAGUUUCGAUUGCAGUAUGACGAGGACCGGAAUCUAUACUUUGUGAACUCUUCUUCACAUGACGCAAACAAACAACAGAACGCAAAAGUGAUCUUCAACAUCGGAGCCGGCCCCAGGACAAGUUACAACUACACAAGCAUUGCGCUGCCGUAUGCAGCAUUCGAUCAACAGAUUGGUUCUGAGACUGGAGAGAACUUCACGAAUUAUUUCCCAAUCAAGAAAUCGAAGAAUGGCAUCAGUACUCUGGGCCGUACAUUCCUCCAGGAAGCAUACAUAUACGUCGAUUACGAACGCACCAGCUUUACAGUUGCACCAGCUCACUAUUCAGACCCCAUGCCGAAUGCCAACAUCAAAACAAUUUUGAACACAACAUAUGUGCCUCCGGGAUCGACAAACACAUCAAAAUCGGGUGGAGGAAUGGCUCCGGGAGCCAUUGCGGGGACUGUUGUUGGCAUCGUUGCCGCGUUCGUAAUUGCAGGAAUCAUUACCUUUUGUUGGUGGAGAAAACGAGAGAAAAAGGCAGAAACCGAUGGAAACCCUCAAGAUACCGCGCACAUUGACCCAACGCUGGCAGGCCAGGAGAUCAGGUACCGGCGUGUGUCUGAACUCACAGGCUCCGAUGUACCAAGCUCUCCAAAGACUCACCUCGGUGGUUACUACACAGCCGACCACAAGUCCAUUCCGCCGAUUAGCGAGAUGUCUCCAGACAGCCCGCCGGUUGAGCUGUACAGUCCACCACCAGAAAGUGCAAGUGACGUUGAUGGUGCUCGCGACUACUUUACUGUUGGCAAGCCUCACAGGCGAGGCGCGCAAAGAGAUCGCGCAUCAUCUGGCCAGAACUCUCCUGGUACACCCAUAGCUGAGCUGCCAGGCGAUGAAGGCCAGUUCCAUACACAAGUCACACAGAUUGAUGGUGUGAGUCCGCUCACCAGCCCGCGGCAAAGCCAUGGGCCCAGCGACAUAUCUCUAUCGAAGAACAUCGACGAGAGGCUGGCAAACCAAAAGAAAGAUGUAACGAGGCCGACGCAUCCUGCAGAGACUGCACGUGCGGAUGCCGCAGUGGGUCUUGAGAGCGAGGCACAAACUGAAGAUGCCAUGGACGCUGCAAAAGAGCGACGCCCCUCCCACCAGAGAGGACUCAGCGACAACACAAUCGCGAGCGACAGCACAGCCGUGUCUCAACCCACGCCCGAGGAGGAAGAGCGCUGGGCAAGAGAGCCAAGACGGCCAUUUUCUGAAUGA